CGAACGACAGUAUGCGGUCCGCCAGCACGCGAUGCGGUUGCUAUCGUAUAAUGAACGUCGCUUUUUUCAGCAAUGUUUCGAAUAAUCAAGCUCGAUAAAAGAAAUUAUUAAAAAAUUUAACUAAAAAUCCAAGGAAGAUACCAUAAGUUUUUCGUACGUUUGAGUUUGAGUUUUUGAAAACGCGAUGUUUAAAAAUCGUUGGCUUAUAUAAAUAUUUUUUAAGCGAUUUAAGUGACUACAAAGCUCGUCGUUGUUUUAUUUCUAACAAAAGGAACGCGAUCAGAUGAGAACCGUAUGUGAAAUUGUGUGUGACAUUCGUGCGACUGGACAUGACGAGCUUGAAAAUAAUUCUAAAGCGUAAUUUCGUGCGUAAAUACAUAGAUAAUUGAAAUUUUGGACACGUCCUCGAUAUUCAAAAUAGUGAAAUAAUUGAUUGAAAUUGUUACAACAAAAGAAUUGCUGAAAAUGAAGCGGAAAUAUAAUAUAUAUAUAUAAGGAGGAUAUGACGAUGAAAAUCCAAGGGGCCAGUCCGAGUCGUCGAAAACACGACGACGACUGAUUAUGAAGUGCAGCCGCACGAGUCACCAUUUCUCUCGUCACCUCCUGUCGUUUUCUCCCUCCGAGGCCCUUCAUCUUCGUCACCUCCUGAUCUUCCUUCUUAUCGGUCUCACCUUCCUUCGUAGUGUCUUACCGUGUGACUACGAGAAAUCGAGGCUAUGUGAAAACGAACCGGAACAACUUCUAACGAACGAGGAUAUAGGAUAUCCCAGAAACGAAGCCAAUAAAGAACAAGAACAGUGGACGGCUCAAAUCGAAAAGGAGAACAAGCCCAUCCUCAAAUUUCCACGUCGAUCGGAAGUUGGAUAUUCGAACGAUGAAUUGGCUCGAUCUGACUUUAUCCUUAAUGACGACAUUUUCAUGAAAGAUCUUUUAAUAAAAGAGAAUGGACUGAGUACGAGAAGACGGAAGAGAAGAAAGAAAAGUCGUACGUUCGUAAGCUCUUCUCGAAAGGGGGAUCCAUUCGUGGUCAAUGACACGGAUUCUCUCGUGAUUCUUUGCGAGAACACAACCGUAUGUGACUCGAGGAAAGAGAACGACACUAAUCCGAGUCUUAAUGGGACGUCUUUAAAAUUUGUUACCGAGAACGUGAGUAAAGUCCUGGAGGAAGAUGCACCAUUCGUCGGUUUUGAAGGUUCGCAAAAGUUUCCCGUUAAAGUGACGCAUAAACCACCGCUCGUUGUGCCGCAGCUCGAGAAAUUCGAUCGUCGUCAUUUUCGUCCGCCAAAGGUUGACGUUCAAGAGCCGACGGAAUCAACAACACCGAUGGAACCACCCGAUUUACCGAAGAGUCCGAGUAGAGACGUACCUCUAAGACGAAAAACGGAGGAGAUCGAGAGUUCGACAAUAAAAGAGACAGAAGAAGAGGAGAAUAUCUCUCAAACGUCUGAAAUUUCAUCAACGACGACAGAUGCAUUUUCGAAAGUGGAAACUGUUUCGACGAUCGAAUCUACGAUAUUCCCUGUUUCGACGUCAACAGGUGAAAUCGAAACGGAUCCUCUUCGUGAGAACAUCGAACAUGUUGUAAAUGCCGAAGAGACGACAACGAAGAAAAAAGAGGAAGAGGAUUCUGUGACGAAUCCCAGUGUCUUGGAGAAAAUAAAUGUUACGAUCUUGGGACUCUUCGAGAUGACACAAGGACAAGCACCAAGAUCGGAAGGACUUUGCGAAUUGCAGGCUGCUAGACUGGCCGUCGAUCGUGUCAACGAGAUGAAUAUUCUACGAAAAUUCCACCUGCAUCUCAUCCAUAACGACACUAAGUGCGAUCCUGGCGUAGCCGUGGACAGAUUCUUCCACGCUCUCUACUCAAGGACAACUAACAAGCUGAUGCCUCUUCUUCUUGGUACAGCAUGUUCCGAGGUAACUGAAACCUUGGCAAAGAUCGUAGCUUACUGGAACGUGAUUCAAGUAUCUUUUGGCUCGACCGCGCCUGCUCUCUCAGAUUCGACCGAAUUUCCAUUGUUCUUGCGAACUGUUGCACCGGAUUCGAGUCACAAUUCAGCAAGGAUAGCUUUGAUCAAACAUUAUGGUUGGGAUUCAGUCACCGCACUUUCGCAAACUGGUGAUAUGUAUUCUCUGGCAGUGAACAAUCUUGUAACAGAGCUGGAACAAGCCAAUAUCACGUGCACGGCAACCAUCACGUUCGCUGAAAAUGAUUACAAGGAACAACUGCGAACUUUAAAAGAGCUCGAUACGCGUAUCAUCAUCAGCAGUUUCUCGUCCCGACUAGCACCCCUUAUCUUUUGCGAGGCUUGGAAACUCGGCAUGCACGGAGGGGAUUACGCCUGGAUUCUACCAGGUGACACCAUCGAUCUGACAAAUCUAUCCGAGAUGACAAACGAUUGGUGGGAGUCGGGACCCGAGGAAUGUUCACCCCUUCAGUUGUCCCAGGCUUUGGACGGUUUGAUCAUCGUUAAAAGCUACGGUUCCGCUCUUAAAGGAGAGAUCAGCUCCUCGGGUUUGACGAGCAGAGACUUCGUUUCGGAACUUGCGAAACGAGGUGUAACUCAUUCGAAAUUCGCUGCUCAAACGUACGAUGCUGUCUGGGCAAUGGCAUUGGCUUUGGCCAAUACUGAGACUAUACUAAAUGGAAUGAACAAGAGCAUGGCACAGUACACGCACGAAAAUAAGGAUCUUAUUCAAUAUCUGCUCGAGCAACUUAAACUCUUACACUUUAUCGGUGUUUCGGGGCCGGUUUUUUUUGACGGUGCGGAUCGUGUUGGAAUCACCGCCUUCUACCAACUGCAGGGUCCUUCUAUUAGAGAGAUAGCGAUCUUCACUCCAGAAGAUGGGAAAUUGAUAAUGAACUGUCCAGGAUGCGUUGCUACAAGAUGGCCCGGAGGACAUCCGCCUGCAGCUCGUAGGGUCUUCCGGUUAAGAGUGGUGACAGUAGCACCUGCAGCUUUUCUCGCAGUUACCUGCUUAGCCAGCAUCGGCGUUGCCCUGGCAAUCGCCUUUCUCGCAUUCAAUCUUCAUUUUCGAAAGCACAAAAGUAUUAAACUAUCGAGUCCCAGACUAAACAAUAUGGCUGCAGUUGGUUGCUGUCUCGUCUAUGGUGCAGUUAUACUACUUGGACUUGAUCAUGCGACACUCCCGGACAGCGACGAUUAUUUUCCGACUGUGUGCACCGCAAGAGUUUAUUUACUAUCAGCUGGCUUCUCCUUAGCCUUUGGCUCUAUGUUCACGAAAACUUAUCGGGUUCAUAGGAUUUUUACAAGAAGCAGAAGCGGAGUCGUCAAAAACAAGCUGCUACAGGAUACUCAACUGAUAAGCCUAAUCUGCAUACUGCUGUUGAUCGACGGUCUGGUGGUGACACUGUGGGUAACCUUGGAUCCAAUGCAACGUCACCUGCGUAACUUAACCUUGGAAAUAAAUCCGCAAGAUCGUGGCGUCGUCUAUCAACUUCAGGUGGAGGUGUGUCGUUCACAGCACACUAAUGGCUGGCUGGGUGCACUUUACGUUUACAAAGGCUUGUUACUCAUAGCCGGUGUCUACAUGGCCUGGGAAACAAGGCACGUGAAGAUACCAGCUUUGAACGAUUCCCAAUACAUCGGCAUGAGCGUCUAUUCCGUAGUGAUAACCUCUGGAAUCGUGGUCGUGUUGGCGAAUUUGAUAUCCGACCGGGCAACCUUGGCCUUUGUCACGAUCACUGCCCUGAUCCUGGCCUCAACAACAGCGACGUUAGCCUUGCUCUUUCUACCUCAGUUGGCGAACAUUCUCGCUGGUGAGAGAGCCGAUCCUGUCGUCCAGAGUCUGGGCUUAAAGAUCGAAUGCAACACAAGGAGAUUCGUCACGGACGAUAGAAGAGAACUACAGUAUCGAGUGGAGGUGCAGAAUCGAGUUUACCGUCGCGAGAUGGCUCAGUUGGAACUCGAGUUGGCCAGAUUGGAAAAGCAGUUGGCGCAAGAACCGGUCGAACCAUCGCACGCUUCCUCUAGCACUUCGAUUCCGCAACGAAAUCCAAGUAUUGGGGGUGGUUUACCAUUAUUGUUGCUCAGCGUUCUCCCAUCAGUUAUUCCGAGGGCGAGUUGGCCAUCCGCCGAUCCUUCGGGCAUGCGCCGCGGUACCGUAGCGUUUAGCAGUCAACCGGACCUGGAACCGGACGAUCCCAGAAGAAGCCUAGCCGACAUUUACAAGCUUCAUCGUCGCAGAGAAACCGAGGGACCAAAUCGUCUGGGCGUUUUUCAACGGCUCUUCAGCCUUUUUGGCAGCCGUCCGACGAGUAGAAAGACAUCUACGGCAUCGUUUACAGGUGUAGCGUCUGCGCUGAGAGUUCAUAUGGGCUAUAUCGCUGGUCUAGUACCGGGUGCUAAAGCCGCCUCAACCUGUCAAAUGGAUGCGCAAGGCUCACAGCAAUCGCAUCCCCGAUGUGGUUCUGGGCCGAUAAUUAGUAUCACUAGCGAGGAAGACCGCAGAUUAAGCCUCGGUUUACGUCGUAAGGAAAGCAGUGAGCCGAGAGUAAAUUUUACUUUACCACCACAAGCUAAUAGCAAUCAAAGUUCGUCGCGAGAAAAAAUCCGUGGUUCUCCUCGAUUUCCUCAUCGAAUAGUCCCAGCAAAUAGUCUAAGUGCCAUAGCAUCUGGGCUCUCAGCUCCAAAACCUCAUCGUUGGCACUCAAUGGAAGAUGCAAGAAGAUCUAAGACGAAUUUGACGCCUCGUGGUUCCUCCUAUAGUCCUCUCUGCGACGUUUGGGCCACUCACGAAGUCGGCAUACCCCUCAGCGAAUUGGGUAAAAGUGUGAGAGGUAGAAAACCACCGGAGAGUUUGGCCUUAACGAUCAAGGCCGACUCGAACAUUAGUCCUGACGAUGCCAAAUUAGGAAACGAUUUGAAGAGACUCUUCCGAGAAAAUGAUGUUUCGAAUGACGUCAGUCCAGUUGAAACCGAAUUGAAAGUCGCCAAAUCUACUUCCUCCUCUUCGUCUACGCCGACGAAUUUGAAGCUCUCGAGUACAAUGAACGACGUAGUUCUCAGAAACGGGUCUCGUUCUGGUUCCACGACGUUGACCGUCGUUCUGACGGACGGUCUUCAACAAGAACAAGAAUGUUCUCGACCGACGAGUCCAAAGAUCCUCAUUGCUAGACUCGACGAAGAUGUUCUUCGAGAUGCUUCGUCCAACGAUCAGGAACCCACUAACGUUUAAUCCUCGUCGUUUGUGUUCCUUAGUCAUCGUGCCAAAGGAAAAUAAACGGGACCGGUAAGAGUACGCGACGUGUUUGGUUUUUGUGUAUCGCGGAGGGACCAACUCGCUUUCUUCAUUGUUUUCAUUUCUCAUUCAACGUUCCCCUCCUAUUCUAUUGGAUUAUAACAAAUAAACAUUGGGCGGAGAUUUCAAUUCGCACGUCCUUCAAAUGUUACCUUCAAUUUAUCGACAACAUUUCGAAUUAUAGCUUACCGAAUGUGUGUCGAUUAUAAUAAAAAAAAAAAAGAAGGAAAGAUGUCUUCUUGGUACAUAUUUUUUAUACAUCCUACGAGAUCGGGAAAAAUAAUUGAAAAUUUUUCACGUGCCUGGAUAUUCGUGAAACCUGCCAAAAAAGGAUCCUUAAUGAAAAUUGCUUCUCGCGAACGUCUGGAUACUAAUAGAAAUGACGUACCCACUCGCAUCUAUCUUUCAUAAUUAAUUACUGUCUAAAAUAAAAAGGGUGUGACGUAAAAAACCACUGCUGUGUUAAUAAAUGUAUUAUUAGAUAUAAAAGUAGUAAAUUCUCGUAUAUCACUAAGGAUCAAAGAUCGUUAAAGUAUGAACUAUUGUUCUGAAAAACGAUAAGUCAUUUAAUUAAAUUUAUGAUUAAGAUUGAAACCCUUCUGCACGAUACCUAUAUCUAAAUAGAUCUCACAAACAAACAAAUUACAGACAAAUCAUCUCUAAUCGAAUGUAAAUCAUAACUAUUUUAUCGAAAGAUAUUAAUUAGGAAGAAAAAAACGAACGUUGUUUCUUUUGGGCCACAAGAUUAUUAACACAUAUUAAUCAAAUCAUUGAUUGAUUGUAUCACAUAAGAAGUACCGCAAAUACUCUUACAGGCCCGAAAUCAAAAGUGUUCAGUGCCCUAAAGUCCCUUUCUCCAGUACCUGUAUUCACGUACGACGCGAAUGUAUCUUUCCAAAGUAUAAAAAUUAUAAAUUAAGAAUAUGCCAAUUUCAUCCGUAAAAUAAGUACGAGUCGAGAUAUUAUAUUGAUAUUUUCAUGCCGUAAUUAAGGUAUCUGUCUAAUAAAAAAAGAUAUAUAUAUAUAUAUAAUAUACGUGUGUAUAUACGUAUGUAUAUUGUAUAUGUGAGUGCAUAAGGACAUACAUAUACAUAUAUAUUUAUAUAAAGAGAUAAAAAGAGUUCGAAAAUUCUCGAUGGAUGUGAUUGAUAGCCAUUCGAUCGACUUCGUACCUCGAAUAUCUUUGUGUCAAUCAUUGAAGUCUUUAACUCAUAAGCAAUAACUGUCAUUGUCAAGAGCGAAGUAAUAAAAAAAUACUAUAUAUAUUCUA